AUUUGAAUAAUAGUAUUAUGUCGGGCGAACAGACAACAACACAAACGGAAACCGAGCAGCCCGCUUCAGGAGGAAAUGAUUUCUCUGUCAUCAAGAACCACAUGAUGAGGGACGGGAAAGCCAGUAUCAUGUUCUUAGCAAGAUCGUUUGCUGCGAUAAACGGGUUUACCUUCGCUAUUGCAUCGUUCUUCAACCCUGUGCUCGCGUACGCUUGCUUCCAACGUCUAAUGUUUGCGUUUGGUUUGGCUUCAGUAAUCAGGCUUAGUCAGCGGCUGGGGCCAGUGCAGUUCACAAAGCAGUACAUGAUAAGCGUGGUACUGGAAGAUAGCGCGCACUACAUGCUGUUUGCGUGUAACUUCUACGCGCACAAGACAACAACUGUGAUCGGUGUUAUACCUACUUUGUACUGCUUGCUUCAAGCCACUGCUUUCUUACUUGCUAUGUUACAGGAGUGUCACAACCCCACGUGGGACAUACUGAAAAGACAGCUGAACAAAGUUAAAGAAAAUCAGCAGCAGUUGCUCAGGGUCGUUGCUUCAGCCGAAAUAUUUGUCAUGCCAGUCGUCAUUAUACAACUAUUUACUGGUCAAUGUGGAUCCAUCCUAACCCCGCUAGUUUACUACCAGUUCCUUAUGUUACGGUACAUGAGCAGACGUAACCCUUAUGUCAGAAAUGCGUUCACUGAGCUGAAGAUGGCGAUAAAUCAGCUGCUAUACAAGCCUGCCUGUCCCGGGAUCAUCAGAACUGUCAUUACUAAGGUGAUGGGAUUGAUAGAGAAGCUCUCGCCCAUGACAUACGAACAAGCUCAAGCCAGUUGAAAUGUUAGAUAACAUGUUCGUGAGAAUCACUUUGUCACGCGCACGUGAUCAACAUGUCACGUGUGACGA